AAGUUUGAGACAAUUGAAAAUCAUCCUAAAAUCUCUCUCGUUGAUUUAGUCGGUAAUGGCGUCUUACCGGUUUGCAUAGAAUUUUCCGUUUGCAAUUCAAAAAUUCAGGAUUAUUCUCCGCCAUUGGAAGUCCAAAAAUCUGUUCAAGAAGCAACCAAUAAUCCAUUUCGUUUUGCUUCCACAUCUCUCACGACCUUAAUUUCCACAUUCCACCGUCCACCUUUCUCCUCCUACAAAAAAAUACAAACAACCCCUGAUUCCCUUUUUCCUGAAUUCAGAACUUUUUGUGUUCCCAAUAAUGGCUGCUCCACUCCCUUACCCCCUCUAUCAUCCCCUUCCUAUUACUUCUUUCUUCUUCCUUUGAUUUCCCGCCAAAACCCUCUUCAACCCAUUUCUUCUUUCUUCUUCCUGAUUCAUUUUUCUGCAAAUUGGUUCAUAAUUUAAUCGUGGGUCUCUCUCUAAAUCUCCUCGGAACUCGUAAAUUUUGUUAUAUUCAAGAGGGUUUUCAAACUGUCGCUUCUUUUGGCUCUUCUCUGCCUCUUUUUGCUGUUUAUUUACUUCUUAAUGCCUCCGACGUAUUUCCCCCUCCGGUGGGAGAGCACCGGCGACCAGUGGUGGUACGCUUCUCCGAUAGAUUGGGCGGCUGCCAAUGGUCACUACGAUUUGGUCCGGCAGCUUCUCCGGUUAGACGGAAACCACCUCAUCAAACUCACAUCUCUCCGCCGGAUUCGUCGCCUCGAGACCGUUUGGGACGACGAAGAACAGUUUCACGAUGUGGCUAAAUGCCGUUCUGAUGUUUCUCGAAAACUUUUAAUGGAAUCCGAAUCGAAGAAGGGGAAAAACUCCCUAAUCAGUGCCGGCUAUGGCGGGUGGUUGAUUUACACCGCCGCUUCCGCCGGCGAUUUGGGGUUCGUUCAAGAACUGCUCCAGAGAAACCCUUUGCUUGUUUUUGGAGAAGGGGAAUAUGGGGUCACUGAUAUUCUCUACGCCGCCGCUCGGAGCAAGAACAAUGAGGUAUUUCGGAUUCUGUAUGAUUUUGCAGUCUCCCCGAGAUUCUCCACGGGGAGAGGAGGGGUUUUGGAUGAGCAUAUCGGAGAGAUUCCGGCGGUUUAUAAAUGGGAAAUGAUGAACAGAGGUGUUCAUGCCGCUGCCAGAGGAGGUAACUUAAAGAUUUUGAAGGACCUUCUUGCGGAUUGCUUCGACGUGUUGGCUUGCAGAGAUGCUCAAGGAUCUACAAUUUUACAUGCAGCUGCUGGAAGAGGGCAAGUUGAGGUGGUUAAAUAUUUAGUCCAAACAUUCCCUAUCAUCAAUUCCAUAGAUCAUCAGGGAAAUACAGCAUUGCAUAUUGCUGCUUGCAGGGGCCAAUUGGCUGCAGUUGAAGCUCUUAUUGCAGCAUCUCCCUCAUCCAUCUCUGUAAGAAACAAUGCUGGUGAAACUUUUUUGCAUAAAGCCAUUUCUGGCUUCCAAACUCCUGCUUUCCGACGACUUGACCGACAAAUUGAUCUUCUGAAGAAUGUGAUUUGUGGUAAAGUUCAUAACAUGGAUGACAUUAUCAAUGCCAGAAACAAUGAUGGAAGGACUGCUCUUCACAUGGCUGCCAUUGGGAAUGUUCACUCUGAUCUCGUACAACUUUUGAUGACUGCUCGGUCGAUUGAUUUGAAUGUUCGAGACAUGGAUGGCAUGACGCCACUUGAUUAUCUUAGACAAAACACGCAAUCUGCAUCAGCAGACAUAUUGAUAAAACAGCUGAUUUCAGCUGGAGGAAUAUUUGGUUGUCAUGACUAUAAUACAAGAAAGGCCAUAGCUUCACGAUUGAAGAUGCAGGGAAUUGGAAGCAGUCCUGGGACCUCUUUUCGAGUCUCGGACGCUGAAAUAUUGUUGUAUACAGGGAUUGAGAAUGCUUCAGAUACCAUACCGGAUCAUGGCAGUGCAGGAAUGAGCUCUUCCUCAGUUGAGUUGAGUCCAUACGAUUUGACAAAUGAGAAUCCAAACUCGUCAUCAACUAUUAAGAAGUCUGGUUCUGUAAAUUCUGCAGCUCAACGAUUGAAAAGCGUCUUCCACUGGCCUAGGAUCAAAGAUAAGAAGAAAUGCGAGAUGUCAAAGAAGCAAAUGGAUGAGGGCUCUAUUGAAGAAUCACACAAGAAAUACAGCAGUUCAGAUGAAGCUCCAACCCCUUUAAGGCAAAGGUUCUCAAAGCCAUUGGCUCCUCCCAACCACAAACGAACACUUUCGGUUAGGAGCAAUCAAUCGAGCCCGUCUGCUAAGAAAAAACAUGCUACUGGUCUAAUGCGUGGAGUUGCUCAGGGCAUGCCACAAAUAGUCAUUCCCCAUCGAUCCCGCUCCAGCUCCUUUUCAAAAUCAUCGCUUUCUUCGCCGGGUUCAGUAGAUAAACAGAAAGGCAUUUGUUUUGACAGUGAUGGUGCAGGGCCAUCUUAUUCAAACCAAGCCAUUGACAACGAAACACCGAAUCUUGGGAAACAAGGAUCGGUCAAUAGGAAGUUGAGGAGCCAGUAUUUCUGUUUCGGUGCAGGAAGCCUAAUUGGGAAAACCACAGUUAACAAGCAGCAGCAGAGCCAGAGUUACAAGCUUCCAGUGGUUUCGGUAAUGUAGACGAGAAGAAGAGGGAAGACGAGCAAUGUCGCUUGUCGGGACUUAACGUAGAAGAAGAGGAUUAAACUGAGUAGCAAUUGCCAAACUCUGUGAUGUAUGUUUAUGUAAAUUGGAACAAACUUAACUGAAGUAGCUAUGUAAUAUGCUUUAGUUUGGAAGUUUUGUUUGUUUCUUGGAACUCUGGUGAUGUAAAAUAAGAUGGCCAUGAAUAAGUAUAACUUAGUGGUUGGAUUAUAUGAUUUCAAUAACUAAGAGAGAGUCAACUUCAAGCAACUUACUAGUGGAAUGGCUUCCGACUUCCAAGUAAGAACUGCAGAAAUCAUGUAAUUCAGGCCCUUCUCUUGAUUGCUAAUUUUGUACAUUUUGCUUA